GCCAUGGACUCGGACGAGGGCUACAACUACGAGUUCGACGAGGACGAGGAGUGCAGCGAGGAGGACAGCGGGGCCGAGGAGGAGGAGGACGACGACGACGAGGAGCCUGACGACGAUAACCUGGACCUGGGCGAGGUGGAGCUGGUGGAGCCCGGCCUGGGCGUCGGGGGCGAGCGGGACGGGCUGCUGUGCGGGGAGACGGGCGGCGGGGGCGGCGGCAGCGCCCUGGGGCCCGGCGGGGGCGGCGGCGGGGGCGGCGGCGGGGGCGGCCCCGGGCACGAGCAGGAGGAGGACUACCGCUACGAGGUGCUCACGGCCGAGCAGAUCCUCCAGCACAUGGUGGAAUGUAUCCGGGAGGUCAACGAGGUCAUCCAGAAUCCAGCAACUAUCACAAGAAUACUCCUUAGCCAUUUCAAUUGGGAUAAAGAGAAGCUGAUGGAAAGGUACUUUGAUGGAAACCUGGAGAAGCUCUUUGCUGAGUGUCAUGUAAUUAAUCCAAGUAAAAAGUCUCGAACACGCCAGAUGAACACACGGUCGUCAGCCCAGGACAUGCCUUGUCAGAUCUGCUACUUGAACUACCCUAAUUCAUAUUUCACUGGCCUUGAAUGUGGACAUAAAUUCUGUAUGCAGUGCUGGAGCGAAUAUUUAACUACCAAAAUAAUGGAAGAAGGCAUGGGACAGACUAUCUCAUGUCCUGCUCAUGGUUGUGAUAUCUUAGUGGACGACAGCACAGUUAUGCGUCUGAUCACAGAUUCAAAAGUUAAAUUAAAGUACCAGCAUUUAAUAACUAAUAGUUUUGUAGAGUGCAAUCGACUGUUAAAGUGGUGUCCCGCCCCAGACUGUCACCAUGUUGUUAAAGUCCAGUAUCCUGAUGCCAAACCUGUUCGCUGCAAAUGUGGGCGUCAGUUUUGCUUUAACUGUGGAGAAAAUUGGCACGAUCCUGUUAAAUGCAAGUGGUUAAAGAAGUGGAUUAAAAAGUGUGAUGAUGACAGUGAAACCUCCAAUUGGAUUGCAGCCAACACAAAGGAAUGUCCUAAAUGCCAUGUAACUAUUGAAAAGGAUGGAGGUUGCAAUCACAUGGUUUGUCGUAACCAGAACUGUAAAGCAGAGUUUUGCUGGGUGUGUCUUGGUCCCUGGGAACCACAUGGAUCUGCCUGGUAUAAUUGCAACCGCUACAAUGAGGAUGAUGCAAAGGCAGCAAGAGAUGCCCAGGAGCGGUCCCGGGCGGCCCUCCAGAGGUACCUGUUCUACUGCAAUCGCUACAUGAACCACAUGCAGAGUCUUCGCUUCGAGCACAAGCUGUAUGCUCAGGUGAAGCAGAAGAUGGAGGAGAUGCAGCAGCACAACAUGUCCUGGAUUGAGGUGCAGUUUCUGAAGAAAGCAGUGGACGUGCUGUGCCAGUGCCGUGCCACUCUGAUGUACACGUACGUCUUCGCCUUCUACCUCAAAAAGAACAACCAGUCCAUCAUCUUUGAGAAUAACCAGGCAGAUCUGGAGAACGCCACCGAGGUGCUGUCAGGGUACCUAGAAAGAGAUAUAUCCCAAGACUCACUGCAGGACAUAAAGCAGAAAGUUCAAGACAAGUACAGAUACUGUGAGAGCCGACGGAGGGUUUUAUUACAGCAUGUGCAUGAAGGCUAUGAGAAGGACCUGUGGGAGUAUAUCGAGGACUGAGAAGGGCCCUGCAUCCGGUGGACUCGGAAAACUUGCCAUCUAGAGUGCUCAUGCAAUUAAAACAAAAACACAAACAGGAGGCACUAAGCCUGUUCUGACACCGCUGGUCUGUAGUACCGGAAUUCUGUUUUGUUAACGGAAAGUUUAAGUAAAUUAUAUUGUAAUAAAAAAAGGUAGAUAAACCAUUGUACAACAGUAUUCUAGGCCGCCAACAAGCGUGACAGAUGCACUAGAAGCCCUCCGACUUUGACUUGUAAUGCAGCUUCAUCCUCCCAGCUGGCUCCUCUUUCUUUUCUUUCCCCGUGUGUAAUACAGUUCACCCUAAAAGUUUCUUGACACCGCUCUUCAUGUCCAGACCAGCCACUUUGUUGUACUUUGGUGAGGGAUCUCUUCUCUCCUCCCCCUCCCUUCUCCCCUUCCCCCCUCCCCAGUGCCCGAAUGUCCGAUGCUGACCCAGCUCUGUGGGGGGAGGGGGGGAGCAAGCAGCAGGGAAGGAACUUUGUACAUGACUUUUAAACCCAGAGGACAACACAGUAUUUUUCAAAAUUGUAUAUAGCGCAUAUGCAUGGACAAAGCAAGCGUGGCACGUGUUUGCAUAAUGUUUAAUUACAAAAUAUUUAUUCUUUAAAAUUCUUCAAGAUUAUGUCUAUUUGCUGUGCAUUUUCUUUCAGUUUGCUUCCUUUUCCAGGGUUGGGGGCUGGUGGGUUGGUCUCUCCUCUCCUUCCUGGCUAUAUUUAAACUGUUUGGUUCCCCUCUGCUGCUGCUGCGGCUUUUCCUAUCCACAGCCUGGCCCAUCCCCGGUGUGCCAUUGCUGGCAGUGGAUGCCACACCUGGAAUCCCGGCUCCUGGCACAGAGCAGUGAGGACGCUGGGCGGCGCAGGGGGGCCCUUCCUACCUGUCCCACCUCGGGCACUCUGUGCCUACAGCUGAAAGCUUCCUCGAUUGGCUGAGGGUCAGACCCGCAGGAAGUCCUUUAGCAUCUCCUCUACUUCAGUUUUUAAUGCUGCUUAGGAGCCUUUUAAAAUGUUAGCUGUGGCUCUCUUCACCCUUCUCGAGAGACCCUCCUAUUCCAGCCCCUCCCCCGUAGUAUCAAAUUUAAAUGUUCUUUGCCUUGAAGACUUUUUUAAACCCCAAGCCAAAAAAAAAAAAAUGCCACCAUUCAGUUCAUGAGGAACUGGAUUUGAAAAGAAAGGUGGUGAGACUGACUGUCCACACGUGUUGCUGUGGAUUCACUUCUAAGGUUAGCAGCCCCGGAGAGCAGAGCCCCAGCUAGUGUCAGUCGGCAGGAAUCACUGUUUGCUUUGCCAGCAGGUACAGGGUGGAUCCAGGCGGUCCAUGGCAUCCCCUUUGGGGGAUUCUGUCCUCGAGCUGUGCUGACGGGGCUGGCUGGUGUGGCGAUUCUGUGAAAUGUGUGCACACCUUUAGGCCGUUCCAGGGACUAGGCUGGCUUCCCUAAACUCGUUACCGAUUGGAAUGAGAAAAGCAGAGGUCUUGGUGGGCAAGAUCCAUCUGAGCUGUGAGGACCUCUCGUUGUCUCCCUGUAAUGUCGCACCCCCGGGGAGCGGUUCAUUCCCUGUAACCUCCAUGAGGCAACUUUGCCCUGACCAUUGCCACAGUAUGCUUAGGGACAAAGAUCUCUUCCCUGUUAGCUUAAGUGGGUUUUUACACUGUCUGUCUACCCUACAGCUCCUCCUAGGAAAGUCUGUUUUCAUGGUCUUGUAAGUGCUCUUUAUCACCCAGCUGAAAUCAGAUUGCAUUCAUGAUUUGUGUGAGGUCCUCCCACUAUAGUAUUGUAUUAUGCUGCUUCCUGAAAUAAAGCCAUCUUACAAGAGCGCAUUCCUACACCCUUCCAGCCAUCCCUCUCUCGCCACCCGGGUUUCGGAUCGGAGUUUUCCCAGAGUUCUUUCCUUGGCUUAGAGUUUCAGCAACCCCUCAUAUAUACUUAGGUUUGGGGUUGAGGAACUUUUUAUUUAAAUCUCGAAAAAAAGGUUCUUUUCCUGAGAUCUUUCUGGGUGCAGCCAGUGUUGCUAUAUAGAUGUAUGUGGAUCAUUUUUAAACUGCUAGAGUUUUGGGGUUUUAGGUUUUUUUUUUUUUUUUUUAACUUUCCAGUUAAUUCUGCAGUUCUUAGGUUGGAGCUUUAAAAUUUUUCCCCUUCAUAUCCAUUUCUUUGCAACAAGUAACCAAAAACAGUAUGUGCUUUGUAAUAGCCCCCAACAAUGAGAGAGAAUUGCUUUUGACACAGACAUUCUGAUUUCAUGUUGGAGGCCUGAGGAUGUUGCGUGUGGGUGAAUGAAUUCAGCAGUUAGUCCGAGUCAGAUAGUUCCACUUAUUCUGGCUCCUGAUUAACAGCUGUCACCAUAUUUGAUGCAAUUACCUAGAUUUAAAGACUUUCUUGUUGGCUUUAGUGCCUCUAGCUGCUUCCCUGUUUCAUCAACCUACAAGCCUUUGUUAGUAGUGGGCUCAGUUCACGUGCAGCACCAGGGUCAAUUUUCUUUUUUUUUUUAAUGCAUGUUUCAGUUGAGCAGCGCACUGAGCAGUAGAAGGGAUUUCAAUGAAAUCCCAACCAGGAGCUCAGGAUAUAAAGCAAAAAUGUUCAGUGGCAGACCCCCAAUUCUGUGUAAAUUUUUACAACCCAGGUUGUGUGUAUGUAUAUACAUACAUACAUGUUGUAUAUAUGUGUAUACGCAGAUCCAAGACUGGCUUUUGAUUUUCAGAACGGUUGAAUCUGUAGUGUUAAAUGUAGUUCAACCACUGUUAGAAACUGAAAUUAAUACAAAGAAGAUAAGGGACUUCAAUCCCACUUGAUGUAACUGAGGUCCUUUUAACUAAAAAAAAAAAACCCAUUAUAGAGCACUUGGGGGUGGGGGGGGUGGUAAGACAAUCAGAUUGGUGGAUUGAUUAAAUGCUCCUAACCCUGUAAUUUUGUGCAUAGAGCACCUUGUGCUGUGGAAAUUAAUGUUCUUAGAUUUUCAUUGUAACUGGACUGUUCAGGUUGCCCAGAGGGAAAGAACAUUCCUAAUUCUAAUAAAAUAAACUUUUAUUUUGUUA